AGUGUCGCAAAACUGAAAAUGAACAAUUGGAAAAUAUAAUGCACAGAAUUUCAACUACUAUGGAAUCAUGCUUUUCAACGUGGCUAGAAUAUGUCGACAAACACCGGCAACUCUAUCCAGAACUGAACUAUUUUACAAUAGAACAACUUGUAAUACUACAAACCGAGUUCUGUAAGCUUCGUAAAAGCGAAGAACUUUCAAAAAUGAUAUAUCCAAUGCUUCAUGGCAUAAUACAGAACUGUAAACCAGGUGAUAUUAAAGAUGCUUUCUUAAGUUCUACAUCAGAAAUCAAUGGAGAUAAUGACAAAACAACAACAACCAUUAAAAACGAGAACGUGGGAGAAAUCUCCGCGGAAGAAAAGUUCAUGCGCGAUUUGAUUGAUCAAGGUUAUAAAAGACUGGUUCCAUUGGCAUUGAAGAAUUUUCCUGAAUUGAAUGUUUCUAAUGCAUUGAUUUGGUGUAUGGAAAAUGAAGAUAACAUUGAUGAAUUGGAGGAAACUGAAUCGUUAGAAACGACCGAAUAUGAUACUGAAGAAUCUCGAAACCUUGAAGGAAAUGGAACCGAUUCGCAAAAUCUUACAUCGAUGGUUGACGACAUGGACAGCCAGUUUGACAGAUGUGAAAAUAUGCUGAUAAAAUUCGAAGAGAUAUGGAAACAGUUUCUAGAAUCCAUUGAGAAUAAUUCCAAUAAUUUCAUCAGCUUAAAGCAAGUCGGAAUAUUACUUCGUCAUCUUGCAGAGAAAGAUCAGCGGAAAAUUAGCCGAUCUUUACCUAGAGGUUGUUCGGAAAUAUCACCUAAUCUUGUUGUAUGCAAAAAAGAAAAUAUAUGGUCUCAAACAUUAUCUCUUUACCUCUGUGAUACAACACAACCACUACCAUUGCAUGAUGAAAUUUUGACAUGUUCAGAAGACACAUCAAUUGAACAGGUGGACAUUUUUCUGAGACGAGCACUUUUCAACUCAUGUGGGAAGAUCCACACCAUCAUUAACGCAGACAAAAUGAGUUUUACACUUUGUGAAGGAAUUGAACAACGAUUAAUAAAGUAUCAGCGUGAUGUUCAUUCAGAUUACCGACUUGUAUUUAUAUGCGGAUCAGAUAGUGAGAACAGAUCUGUCUUGAUAUCAUCUCUUGACAAGUAUCGUAGAACAGUUUUCUUGAUGGACAAAGGCGAGCUUUCUACAUGCCUUCUUCAUAAACUUCAAAAUACAAGUAGUUCAGACACAAUUAAUCCUGCUGCAACUGUUGAUUUUGAAAAAUCCACUGUGCGUGUUGUAAAGUCCCGUCGGAGUGGUUGUGGAAAAACAUUGUAUGUAUUAAGAAAAGAAGAAGAACUUGAACAAACAAAUCAGACGAAUGUAACCCAAAGAGUGUCUUUACCUCUUCAUGAAAGAAAAGUGAAUUUCAAUUAUGUGACUUCCAAUCUGUUACAACAUAUUGCGGAACCAGACGAGCUUUGUGCAAAGAUUCUUCACAUUGAUAUCACAAACGAGGUCCAGUUUGGAAUAGACUAUCUUCUAUUUAAUCUGCUGAUACUCGGGAAACUUGUUGACAAGUCCGGAUAUGUUUGGCGAAAAAUGCCAACAGAUUUAUAUUUGAUUGAAACACUAGAACAAAGGAGCUCGGACAACGAAAAUGAAAGCUCAAUGUUACAGCUUCUUCCAUUCGUUGUAUGUAGAUCACCUAAAGAGUGUUUAGAUAUAUACAGAGGAAAUUACCCGGACGAUUACAAUGAAUACGACCAAUUGUUUGACCAAAAACUGUACGAAAUGGAAUUGUACCAAAAACCAUACGAGUGUCUGAAAAGCAUCGAUGAUGCAAAUGAUAAAAACUCAAAACUGCAUUGCAUUGAAACAAUGUUAAGACACUGUGGUGUUUCAAACCCGUCGUGGUCAGAAAUCCAUCACUUCGUAAAAUUUUUAAACACCCAGUUACUGGAUUUUUGCAACACAGAUUUUGUCAGUAAAGCUAUCGAAGAUACAUUGCCAGGUUUUCCUACGUUCGUCAAAAAGUUUCUUAUUCAGAUGUCAAGGGACUUCUCAAGUCGGUCUCUCAAUUUAAGCGAGGAAUCUUGUGAAAUCAGGGAAAACGAAAACGAACGAAAUGAUCUACGUGAUUAUGAGAUAAAAAGGACUUGGGAAAGCAGUCCACAUCCAUACCUUUUCUUCAAUGCUGAUAGCCACACAUUCACAUUUCUUGGAUUUUACAUCAACGAUUUCGGGGAUCUUGUUGAUAUUCACAGUAAUAAAUCACUUGAAAAACGUAUCAUGAACAGAACGUUGUUGAGAGCAUUGCUCCAAAAUGGCGUUCCUAUAAAGGAAGAUUUUGAUUCGUUACAAAGGAAAGACAAGAUUGAAAGAUUAUGCGGAGUAAUUGGAGUUGACAAAUGUGACCCACAGGUAUACGAUGAAACUUAUGAGUUGACGACAGAUAACUGUAAGAAAAUGCUUGCAGUAUACAUGCGAUUUAAGUGUGGCAUACCAGUCAUUAUAAUGGGUGAAACUGGUUGUGGAAAAACAAGAUUAGUAACAUUUUUGUGUGAAAUUAUGGUUCCAAGGAACAAGGAUACACAAGAACCAUUGACGACUAAUAUGAUAAUCAUGAAGGUUCACGGCGGUAUCACAAACGAGGAUAUCAAGUCAAAAGUUUGGAAUGCUGAAAGAAUAGCUGUUGAAAAUAUUGAAAAACAUGGAAAAAAUGUAUAUACAGUAUUGUUUUUUGAUGAAGCCAACACGACUGAAUCAAUCGGACUUAUCAAGGAAAUUAUGUGUGAUAAUACAAUGGAAGGGGAGCCUCUCAAUAUCUGUAAAAACCUGAAAUUUGUUGCAGCAUGCAAUCCUUACCGAAAACACCCAGAAGAAGUGAUCACAAAGCUUGAAAAAGCAGGUUUGGGCUACCAUGUAAAGGCGAUCCAAACAAAGGACAGGUUUGGCCGGAUACCAAUGAGACGUCUUGUUUAUCGUGUUCAACCUUGCCUCAGACUCGACUGUCUAGUUGACAGGGGAGAGAUCUUGAAGCUAUCAAACGCGAAUCUUGAUCCAUAUGACAAUUACUUUCAGCAAAAUGGUACAGUAAGCACCAGUGCACAAUUACCAAAUGAUGAGCAAUUGCUUGAAGUAAUUAGUUCAAUUUUGACCCAGUCACAAGAAUACAUGCGCAGUUUAAAGAACGAGUGCAGUUUUGUGUCACUUCGAGAUGCCGAUAGAGUUCUGCAAGUAAUGUGUUGGUUUUACAGUAUGAGUAAGGGUCGGCGAACAUUAUUUCAGCUUGCUGAUGGAAAGUUGAGGGAAAGGAAUCAAGAUCAGAAAUUGACUGACGUAACGAGGUCGCUGUUGCUUGCACUUGCUGUUUGCUACCAUUCCUCACUUAGCCAAAGGAACAAUUAUUGGAAAUAUAUAUCACAGUUUUUCCGUAUGCCAUGUGAGGUUUACGGUGGAUAUUUAGAUAUACUGGAAGAGAUUGAUCGUGUACAAGAAGUUUUUCUGGACUCUGUCAACCUGGAGGAUAACAGUAACAUUGCACGAAACCAUGCUUUAAAAGAAAACGUUUUCAUGAUGGUUGUCUGUAUUGAACUCCGAAUACCACUGUUUCUUGUUGGAAAACCAGGAAGCUCAAAAUCUCUAGCAAAGGUUAUCGUAACGGAUGCAAUGCAAGGGCGGGCAGCUUCAAAGCCUUUGUUCAAAGAGUUGAAACAAGUCCAAAUGGUUUCAUUCCAAUGUAGUCCAUUGUCGUCGCCAGAAGGCAUUAUAUCUACAUUUCGUCAAUGUGCAAGUUUUCAGCAGAACUACAAAGAUAAUUUAGAUACUUUUGUAUCAGUUGUCGUUCUGGAUGAAAUUGGUUUGGCAGAAGACAGCGAAAGGAUGCCCUUGAAAACGCUACAUCCACUUUUAGAGGACGGUUGUCAGGGAGACGAAAUUGUUGAACAGUACAAGAAGGUGGCCUUUAUAGGUAUAUCAAACUGGAGUCUAGAUCCAGCAAAAAUGAAUCGUGGUGUAUUUGUACAAAGACAAGUUCCUGAAUUAUUAGAGCUUGAAAAUACAGCAAGGGGACUUUGUGCAUCUACGACACAUUUGAAUAAUUUGCUUAUCAAACCACUUUCAUCUGGAUAUUUGGAAGUCUUUGAAAAAGCAUCCGAGGAGAAAAGGGAAUUUUUUGGCCUCAGAGAUUUUUACAGCCUGAUGAAAAUGAUAAACCAAAUUAUACUUUGUUCCAAGCACUCAUCUUUACCUACCUAUAUAAAACUGAGAUUUGCAGUUAGACGGAACUUCAGUGGACUAGAAAAUGUAGACACCUUUCAAAUAUUUCUUCGAAACCUGAAACAUUUUGAUGAUAAAAAAGAGCGUCAACGUGGAGAUCCGGAUGAUAGUUUUACAGGACUGUUGAAAUCCUGGAUAACAAAUGAAUACAGUGAAAGCCGGCAUUUACUUCUCUUGACCGAAAACUACAGCGCGAUCGCCAUGUUUGAGCAAGCAUUCCUAACAAAAACCAAAGUUCAGCCAAUUGUUAUUUUCGGAAGCAGUUUUAGACGUGAUCAAGAAUACACACAGAUUUGCAGGAACAUCAACAAAAUCAAGAUCUGCAUGGAGACUGGAAAAUUAGUUAUUCUUGUAAACUCGGAUAAUUUGUAUGAAAGUUUGUAUGACGCUCUGAACCAAUACUAUGUUUACUUUGGAGGAGAACGUUACGUUGAUUUAGGCCUUGGAACUCAUAGAGUGAAAUGUCCUGUCCAUAAAGAUUUCAAGUUGAUUGUUGUUGCGGAAAAACAAACCGUGUAUGAAAGAUUCCCUAUACCUUUGAUAAACAGACUGGAAAAACAUUGUCUGAUGUCGACAACUUUGUUGAAUGAACCUCAAAUUCAUUUAGCAAGAUCGUUAAAAGAAUGGGCUGAAGGUGUCACAAAACAAUCACUUACAUUGAGGCACAGUCCUACGGAAAAUGAUGUUGCAAAGGUUUUUAUCGGCUAUCAUCACGAUGUCUGCGCGACACUAGCACUUGAAACCUGGACAGAUGAAAUGAGUUUUGAAAAUAAUGAUCACUGGGAUGAGGCCAUCGACAAGUCGAAAGACAUUCUUUUGUGGUGUGCAGCACCCGAUGCAAUAUUGAGACUUUCAGAAGAGCGGGAUAAUAUGCAAGAUAUGUACUGGAACAAACAAUCACACGAAAGCCUGAAAGAAUAUCUUUCAUUUCAUUUUAAAAAAGGAGAUAAAGAUAGACUUUACGCACAAAUAACAACCCACUCGUCACUGUUGACAGCAUCAUACAAACACGCACUCAGAGAUGCAACCGGAAUACACCUCAACAGAAUUUUGAUUUUAGAAGCACUGCCAUCCUUUGACACAGAGCAACAAUUCAUUAGCAAGAUCAAAGGACACAUUAUAAGAUCACAGAAUGACGAGCCAGCUCUCAUCGUUGUUCAGUGUGAUUCCGGUGACAGAUACACAAAUUUGAUUGCAUGUGCAAAGUACGCAAUUUUAGAUGAAUGUACCAAGCUAACAUACAAAGCACCUGUCAGUAUCAUUUUUAUUGUACAAUUAACACCGAUGGAAAACAAAAACUUUCACAGUAUCCAGUGUGGUGACUGGCAGUCAGUUCAUAUAGACAAUCUCUACACUCCAGGAAUUGAAAUGCCAUCAAUAAAUGAUAUGCAAAGAAAUAGAAUGAGUGUUCUUAUUGCUAAGUCAAUAGAAGGCAGAAGCAACUUCUCACUUGAUCAGAAUGAGAUACCACAUGAACAAGACAAGUGUCUUAAUUUACGACUGUUGAUAGAACGUAGUCUGCAGAGAGCUGUGUCAUUAGUAAGGGACCCUGAAGGAAACAAACAUAGGUCUACUAAAAGAGUGUCUUUGAUACUGCUCAUAUUACAUGACAGUUCAAACAAAGAUUGUGAUGGCUUUGUCAGAGGAAUAAGUGAAUUAGUCCAGAAGAUCAUGGCUGACAAGGAGAACGAACCUUCGUCUACUACUCCAGAUAUGUGGCUCUCAAAAGAGGCCGCAUCAAUUGUGGCGAUUGAAAAAUUCGGAACAUUUAGGCGUGCAUGUAUUGAAGCGUUUGAUACACGGAUGUCGCCUAUUCUUGGUGGGCUGUUUGCAGCAUUAGAUACAAAUCACAACUUAAAUUUGCUGGAAUGUGGCGUUGGAACUUGGCAGCGGAAUCUGUGGAUAGCACUUAUAAACACAAAGGAAGUUAGUGAACAAUUGUUGACAAAAGUUCACACUGAGAGAGGGCUACAGUUUGAAGUGUAUGGCACUGGCUAUGGGGGUCGUUUGUUUCAAUGCAAAAUGCCGUUCUCAUGGAUCAUUCUGUCUACAUUUGAUGCAAUCUUACAGCAGCACAGUGUGCUUAUGCAAGAAAAUAAUGAACAAGAGAAACAGUUAGUGGAAAUACUUGGACAAAUGGAACUUAUCCAAGCCAUAGAUUCUGUUCCGAAAGAGGAUUUCUAUGGCGUCUUUGAAUCUUAUAUCACCGACUUUGUGCAAACAGUUUAUCCUGAAGAAAAGGACAGACAGCUUGUUUUCAUGUCAAUUAAGCAAAUGACACUUGGUCGGAUUACCUCCGACAAUACAUCUGUAACAGCCGCAUUUAUACUGGUCCACCAAGUUUACCAGGAAACAAAAACUAGAUUGAAUUACUAUCGGGACAUCAGCAAUGUAUGGUGUGGAUGUACAAAUGCUGUGAUGGCAUGUGAUAGCAAUUUUGAUGAUCCGGAUAAGAAUUUGGAAUUCCUUGGAUUAAGCACUCUUAUUGAACAUAUUUCACCUAAAAGCGAAACGGAAUGGUUUCAAUUAGACAGUAACAGGGACAAUUGGCUUGAACAGGUUCAAAGAUAUAGACAGGUUGUAAAUCAAACGUUAGCGUUUUGUCAAGACAAUAUGACAAACACCGCACUUGUUGCAAAGGAAAGAUCAAAGUGGAAUCGUAUAGUCGUAAUGCAGUUGUGUAUCGAAAACAAAAGUUUCCCAAAAGAAAUUUUCUCUAUACUAUGGAAGUUAUUAGAUAAAGAGGAUAUUGAUAUGAAAUGUAUCACACCGUUAAAAGAAAUCGAACGAUUUUUGAGAGCUUGCUUUAACAAAACGAAAAAUAUCUUAGUCAGGGCUGCAAAGAAAUGUGUUAAGUGUGGCACCAUCAUAGCUAGCGAGAGCGAUACAAUGAAAUGCAAGCAGUGUGAAGCUACUGCAUCAGUAGAGACAAUAGAUCAAGUUUUAUCAAAAAGAGAAACAGAAAAACCACAACCACAGGAGCAUGAUGAACAGCAAGCUGUAAUGGAAAGGAUUCGUGAAUAUCGUCAACGCUGUAAUCUAGUAUUGAUGGAUAUUGUGUCACAGCUUUGUUUCGCAGACAAUACUUCACCAAACUCAGAUGUAAUUGAAUGGUUAUUGUCGUAUUCAUUCAAAAGUGCGAUUGGUGAAGACCAACAAUUAUUAAAAGAAAAUGCAAAUGAAAAAGAAGAUAUUGGAGUAGAUUCAAAUAAAGUAUUCAAAGCAUUCCUAUUUAAGCACCUUUUGCGCUCAGGUGAAAAUGAAUUCAGGAAGCAUCUUGAAAAGUUUUUGAAGUCAAUAGUGAGGGAUGGGUCUCAGCCAAGAAAAUUGGAUGAUGUCAUCGUUUCACUUAUAUUUAGCAUAGAGGACAACCUGCUCGAAACCAUCAGUUCAAAUGAGAUUCGCAAUCUUGAACUUAUUGAAAAGUGUCUUGGAGACUCACUUCAUCUGCUUGAGCAAAAUGAAAUUUCUGUUGACCAAAUAUAUGGCAUAGCACAGGCACGAGCCGCUCUAACAGUAGCUGCAAGCUGCAUAGAGUUGGUUUUAACGCAAACUGUAGAACAUGAAAUCGAGAAAAUGGGUGGUAUCACAGCCGUACUUAAAAGGGCGGAGUCUUUAUGUAAACAGAGAACAUUAAUAUGGAAAUUCUUGCUGAAACACGUUGCACAAGAAUUCGGAACUGAUACUUUGCUGUCAGCCUGUAAAAGUUCGAAUCAUUUGGUGAAUUGGAUAGCAAUGGAUGCAAACGUCACAAGCACUGUUGAUAUGUACACAGCCUGUGGUGAGGAAUAUUGCACCAUAAAGUGUCUUCUACUGACAUCUUUAAUUGAAAGUGAACAGAGCAAAGUGCUUCCUUACAUUCAAUCGAGAGAAGAAAAUCAAACAUUAGUCGUAAUGUUCGAAUUGGCUGUCCAUAGGGAAUUUCUGCUUCACCAUCGCCUUAAAGGCACUGAAACAACAACAGAGGAACACAAACUUGUGGAAGAAAUCGCACUAGAGUUUAAACAGAGAUGUCAAAAACCUUCAUUCUUGGCAUUGGAUGAGAAUAUUCAUAUAAAAUAUAAUCUACAAGUCUCAGAAGGAACAGAUGCAGAUCGUGAUAUAAGCAUAAAAUGCAUUUUGUUCCACUGGCUCUGUGUUAUUAAACAUUUUAGCUGUUCUCGCAAGGGCGUCUUGAAACCUUUAUUCAAAUUAGCUCUUCAACCUGGAGAUUUAAAGGAUGUAUUCCUACCAUGUAUGCCAGAAGAUGAAUUAGCGACGAUAAGACAACAGUUGAUGGAUGAAGCCAACAGAGCCUUUUUCGGUGAAAGAACCAUGUAUUACAGAUGUGAGAACGGACACAGUUACGAGAUAGGACAGUGCGGACGUCCUUGGGUGAAAGCAAAAUGUUUAUGUGGAGCUGAUAUUGGUGGAAAGUCCCAUAAACUGCACAGUGGAAAUGAACCGGAUGAUGGAUCAGAUCGCUCACAGAAAGGCCAUUGCUUAGGUUAUCCUCAAGACCGUCAACCAGGAGCGGUGCCAGAACGAUCAUUGAGUGCUUUGCAAAACGCAUUGUUAAAGUGCUUACUCCAUUUGUCGAUGUAUUUAGGAUGCGGAAAUUCACAAAAUGAUGUUGCUUCUAUGGCUAAACAAGAACCCAAAUCGAUACGCAUUUUCGUAUGGGAUCAUAUCCUUAUUGAUUUUGAAGAUCUCAUGAGCGGUAUGUGUGAUGUUGCUUCUAUGGCUAAACAAGAACCCAAAUCGAUACGCAUUUUCGUAUGGGAUCAUAUCCUUAUUGAUUUUGAAGAUCUCAUGAGCGGUAUGUCGCUUAACAGAGACGAAGUCCUACUCUUAAUGCAUAGCUUGAUAGAUUCUAUUCUUAGAACAGGGAUACAAAGUGACUGCAUUGAGUCGUCUGAAGAAAAAUGGCCUGGGCAGUCGUUGCCGUUAUAUACAGAUGAACUUCGACUUACACUCACAGACUCAGAGUCUGACAAAAAAGACAAUAAUGAAGACAUAGAAGAUGACCAUGAGGAACAUGCAGCAGAUUUUCAUCCACAUACCACUAUGGUUACUGAUGAUGAUGAUGAUGAUAAUGAUAUUUAUGAUGGCGCUGCGACUGCUGCUGCUAAUGAUGAUGAUGAUGAUGAUGGUACAGGUAUGCAACACACCUUUUCUGUGCAACGCAUUGAAGAUGAAAGCGAUAGUGAAGAUGAGACACAGGCUGAAUGUUUUGGACAUAGUAAUGAUGAUCUUCUAAAAGAAGAACAACCUUGGGAAACUAAGCUUGGACGAGGCCGCUGGGAGGAAGAAUUUGCCAAACUAUUUCUUUCUCGUUUUUUAGAGGAAAGGAAAACCACUCUGAAUUUAGCCAAACAGCAUUUACAAGAAACCAGCACCACAGGCAUUUUGGCAGUGUUGAAUGAUAGACAAGCAGAUGACAAUAUGCAAGAAAACAAAGAAGACAGUAAAAUUUCUGACAAUCCCUUAGUUUGGAUUUAUCGAAAACCUGUCUCGGUUGAGCAUUUUAUACAGGCUUUUCAACGACAUUUGGAAACAUGUCAAUCAGGCGAAACGAAAUUUACUGUUCUUUUCAUGUUUUUAAAACAGAUACAGGCACUAGAAGCAUUGCGGUUUGUUCCGAGUAUUAUUCAACUGAACAAGAUGUUAAUACAACGAUACAAUAGAAAGAUAUACCAGUCAGAGGCAUCAGAAAUUACAAUUAAAAAAAUCAAAGAAGAUGUAUUUGCCGGUAAAGACACAAAAAUCCUUGAGGACAUGGUUGAAGCUUGGAAUACUGUCAGAAACGCUUUGAAAUACCACGACUUCACGACUGACAAAGGUAGAACAGCAAUACCUUUGGAAUGGGCAAAUAUGCGCUUUACAGAUGAAACAGAAUUGGCAUAUUUACUUCCUGCGAUGGAUGGGAAGGGCAUUUGUACCUUUGCUCUUUUGGACUUUCUAUUACGGCUUCAAAACGAGCUUAUAGAGACAUACAUAUCGUCAUUAAGCGGCCAAAUGAAGCAAGUAUUCUCGGUUGUCGAACCUCGUGAUAUAACAGCUGCUCAUUUGAUAAACUUCCAUCCAGAGAAAGAUCUACUACCGAUCAUUUUAGAAAACUGUACAAUGAGUUCCACACACAUCGUUAGUGAUGAGUAUGACUUUAAGGCGAUACAAAAACGUAUAAUAGACAGAUUUAUUUCGACAAAGUCAAAGGUUGCGUUUGACCGCCGUUUCAAGAUUGACCUUAUAGUUUACAGAUCAGAAAUGACCGACGCAAGUCAGCUUGACAUUUUGCACACCAAAAUUCCACAGGAGAGAUUAGAUCCUGGUGCUAAACUUGAUUUAUGUAACCAAGUACAAGACGUUCCAAGCCUAGGUCAACUACUUUCUCAACUGGAUAUUGCAAUUAACUUCCUAAAUAUAACGGGCGGUGAACCUGGCGAUUCUUUGCAUGAAUAUAUGCUUGGAAAGUUACAACUUAAAAGCACGAAGCUAUCAUCGAAGGUUUGUACUUUUUAA